AUGGAUGAGGGGAAAGCGGAGUGUGAUUCACAAUCAGGUAUGAAGUGCCAGAAACAUGACGAAUCUUUGAGAUAUGUUGUCGGUAUGAGAUGGCUAGGAAACACUUUCGGUAACCCUCAGCUCAAUAAGGAAUCAGGGCCAAUCACGCUUGAGAUACAUCGAGUUGCACUCGAUUACGUAGCAUUGCGAGAACCGCACAAACACAUGGCAAAUCAAUCGUAG